AUGGAAUUAGCAUUAAGGUAUGCUGAGGAAUCAUUAAGAAAAUUAAAUGGUACUUGUUUACUGGGAAAAACUGAAUCCCCUGAUAUAUUUUGUUCUGUACUUCCUAAUCAUUGGAGAUCUAAUAAAAGUUUACCAACACCAUUUGUUGUUGUUAGUCUUAGACCCAUUCCUGAUGGUACUAAAGUUACCGUUUCAGCUGGUAAUGAAGAAAAUUCAUGUGCUGAUUUAAAAAAUUCUUCUGCUGAAUUUCAACAACAAAUAGCAAGAUUUAGUGAUUUAAGAUUUGUUGGAAAAUCAGGUAGAGGAAAAAAUUUUAAUCUUACUAUUACAAUUCAUACUGAUCCACAAAUUAUUGCAAUUGUUACAAAAGCUAUCAAAGUUACUGUAGAUGGACCAAGAGAUUCAAGAAAUUUAAAAGUUCAACAACAAAAAGAAUUACAACGAAAACGUGGCAUUUGUAUGAAUGAUUCACCAAUGUUUUUUAAAAAACCUAUGUUAAAUAAUUUUAUUCAACCACCAUUAUCAUUUAACUUACCAGUUGCUCCAUUUCCAACACCACAAUUAAAUAUAUUUUCACCAUAUUCCAAUAAUUAUUCAUCAUCAAUAGCCACUUUUCAAGCAAUGAUAUCCUCAAUUCAACCAAAUCAAAUACCAUUCCAACCAAUAUUUCCACAACAUCCUAAAAUAGGAUUAUCACCAACAUCACCACCAUUAAACUCAUUAACACAAAAUUUCUCAACUAUUUUAAAUACCCCAUCAAUGCCUAUAGAUACAGCAUCUUUUUCUUUACAAACAAAAUCAAAGACAUUAUCAGAUUUUGAAAAUAUUAUGUGCACCAUAAAACACCAAGAUAGUGUAAAAUUAUCUAAUAAAAACAAAAGUAUUCCUUCAACUGUCACAUCUUUAUGGAGGCCUUAUUCUAAUACAACAACUUCAAUAACCGGUAAAGGAGAACAAAAUGCUGCUAAAGCAAAUUAA